AUGAACAAAAGGAAAGCGGAUUUAUUAAUGAUGUGUCCGAAAAACUCCACUUACAACCUUCCAAAUCGGCAUCACCUCAUCUAUAAUAAGGAAAAACAAAUAUUGUAUUGCAAAGCUACGAAAGCAGGAUCAACAUUUUGGGGAAGACUUUUCCUUCAAAUAGACAAACAACGGAUAGCAAGUCCUUUUGAAAUCAAGCCCCAAAUUGGAGUUUCCAACGUGCUCCCCUCUCAUGAUGAAUGGAGACAUUUUGAUUUGAUUUUAAAGAAAUCCCAAAAGUUUAUAAUUGUUCGUCAUCCUUUAGAACGGUUAUAUUCCGGAUAUGUCGAUAAGGUGUUUUCGCCAAAUCGAUUUUACUGGGAUGUUAUAGGUAAACAUGUAGUGAAGACAUUUAGGAAAAAAUCAAAAACUAAAUGUGGACAUGACGUGACAUUCCACGAAUUCCUCCAAUAUGCAGCGCAUGCCGAAACCACAGGUGCAAACCGUGACGUUCAUGUGCUCUCUUUAUGGAAGUCAUGCUCUCCGUGUCAUGUCAAAUAUGACAUAAUAGGAAAGAUGGAGACUUUUAAGGACGACAUAUUUUAUAUAUUGGACAAACUCAACUUAAAGCCGUACAAAGAUGCCUUGCGUAAUAUCUCCACUGAUGUAGUUAAUGAUGCUUUGUAUGAUACCGCCCAAGGUUACGCAUCAAUGCGUUCUUUAGCUACUCAUUGUAUUACGAAACAAAACACCGCAGAGAGGAUAUGGAUAAAGCUAAAAGCUAGGGGAUUCAUCGCCGCUGAUUUACCUGUCCCGGAGGACAUGUUUUACAAAAAUGAAAACAGAUUGUUUGAAAUAUUUAAAGACGCAUAUUCUAAAUCUGUUCGUAAACUGGGACGCCAGGGAUUAAAACGUCAACAGCAUGCAAUAUUUCUCGAAACAAUUAAACGGAUACCACAACAAACGAUUAAAAAAAUAGCAGAUGCAUAUUAUAUGGAUUUUCAAAUGUUUGGAUAUGACGUAAAAUUCGACGAAUUAUGGCAAAGGUCGAGAAACACGGAUUUUUCUCAUAGUGCUAUAUUUUUCUAA